AUGAGAGGUCGAGAGAUUCUAGACAAGGGUGAUACAGUGGAAACAGAAUCAGGAAUACAAGAAGAAGAUUUCUUCAUUCAGGAUGAGAUUUAUAAAUCCCGUCUAGCAAGCAUCAAACGUGAGGAAGAAAUUGUUUUGCGAGAGAGAGAUCGUUAUGAGCUAGAAAAGGGAAGGCUUAUUCGUGAAAUGAAACGCAUACGAGAUGAGGAUGGCUCUCGUUUUAACAAUUUUCAGAUUCUGAACCACAGAUAUGCACUCUUAAAUCUUCUUGGGAAAGGAGGAUUCAGUGAGGUUUACAAGGCUUAUGACUUGGUAGAGCAUAGAUACGUCGCAUGUAAGCUUCAUGGUCUGAAUGCUCAAUGGAGCGAAGAUAAGAAGCAAAGUUACAUACGGCAUGCUAUUCGGGAGUACAAUAUUCACAAGACUUUGGUGCAUCAUCACAUUGUUCGGCUCUGGGACACUUUUGAGAUUGACCAGAAUACAUUUUGUACUGUAUUGGAGUACUGUAGUGGGAAAGAUCUUGAUGCUGUUCUGAAAGCAACACCUGUAUUGCCUGAGAGGGAAGCUAGAAUAAUCAUUGUUCAGAUAUUUCAGGGCCUUAUCUACUUGAAUAAAAGAGCACAGAAGAUUAUACAUUAUGAUUUGAAACCUGGGAAUGUCCUAUUUGAUGAGUUUGGUGUUGCAAAAGUGACCGAUUUUGGUCUUAGCAAGAUAGUGGAGGAUGAUGUUGGAUCCCAGGGUAUGGAACUUACGUCCCAGGGAGCUGGAACAUAUUGGUAUUUGCCUCCAGAGUGCUUCGAGCUCAGCAAGACCCCUCUUAUUUCGUCGAAGGUGGAUGUUUGGUCAGCUGGUAUUCUAUUUUACCAAAUGCUUUUUGGUCGACGCCCUUUUGGGCAUGAUCAGACGCAAGAACGGAUACUUCGUGAAGACACAAUUAUUAAAGCUCGCAAGGUUGAAUUCCCCUCAAGGCCUGCUGUCUCAAAUGAGGCAAAGGACUUAAUUCGGCGGUGCCUAACAUACAAUCAAGCAGAAAGGCCAGAUGUUUUAACUCUUGCACAAGAACCUUAUCUCACUUACUUAAAGAAGUAACAAUACAUACAGACAGACAGCUGAAGGGACUGCAGAGCAGGGAGGUUGUCGGUAAACUUUGAAUUGAAGAGAUCUUAUUGUAAUAGCCUAUGGAAUUUUGUAUAGGUUGUAAAUAAUCCUUUUUGUUUGUUUAUUUUCCUGCUCUUUGUGACCCAACAGUUUAGUGGUUUUUGUUAUCUUUUAAGUUCGUUUAA